GCUUGCAUUCCCAACUAUUAAUAACAUUCAGUGUGUUCGGUCAACAUUAUCUUGUGACCGGCUGAGGUUUUCCAAAGGGAUAUUCGGACGAGUCUGUCACUGGAUAAAUCCAAACGGAAGCUCAAAGGAAGAACUAAAGGUCUCGGGGUCCAUGUCACGGGAAACGUUCGUCUUUUCAUCUGCCUCCCUCCGCUCUCUCAGGCUGGAACAGGAGAUGCAGGACUGGGAAGAGGCAAGGCGGGAGCUGGCCCACAGGCGAGCCAUGACUCGGAGGCCACUGCCCCCUGCUCUCAGUACCAGACCCCAGCCCAGACCCAAGACCGGCAAGAUUCAGGAGGUCAGGGCACCACCACCGCAGAUCCGCUGCAGGGACCCAGCAGUCCACAACACAUUCAUGUGCGGAGACAUGGCUGGCAUCUACGCUGUUCUUAAGGAACCCGGCAUGGUGAAUGCACUGAUGGAGACUGUUCAGGAUGAAAUGUUGUGGGCACCAGAAAUUGGCAUGUGGACCCUUUCCACCAAGACCAAGCAGACAUCUGCACUGCGCCUGGCAGCCAGCAGGGGGCACUCUAGCUGUGUGGAGGAGCUGAUGUUUCGUGGGGCCGAGGUGGAUGCGGACCCUGGGGGUCGAACCGCACUUCAUGACGCCUGCUCAGACGGCCAUGCUGUCUGUGUCCAGCUGCUCCUCAACAAUGGAGCAGACCCUGAUGUGUUGGCAGAAGACGGCAACUCACCUCUUCAUUUGUGCAACACUGCAGACACCUACCAGUGUGUGGAGCUGUUGGUGCAGAGUGGCGCAGAUGUGAACCUCUCCCACCGCCAGAGCCGCCUCACCCCGCUGCAUGUGGCAGCUCGUCGGGGUCUGGAGGAACAUGUGGAGCUGCUGAUCUCCCACGAUGCCGAUGUGGCUGCCCGGAACCUGGAGGGCGAGACCCCGCUCAACGCUGCCUGUUCUGGGGCGGAGAGGGCGUCUGAGGCCGGCCGGUACCUGCGCGUGGUCCAGCGGCUGCUGGAGGCCGGGGCUGACCCGAGCAAGGCCGGCAAGAAGCAGCACACGCCACUGCACAACGCCUGUGGCAACUGUAGCCCGCGUAUCGCCCGACAGCUACUACAGCACGGGGCCUGUGCAGAUGCCACCAACUGCUUUGGCUACACACCAAUGGACUGCCUGCUGCAGGUGGUAGAGGACUACCCUGACCAGCAGCCUGAGGAUAUCGCUCGCAGCCUUCUCAACCAUGGGGCCCAGCCACCGUCACCAGGGAUGCUGAAGCUCUGUCUCCUGUCUCCGGCCACAUUGGAAGUGAUGAUAAACUGCUACCAUGUGGUCCCAUCUUGUGAGGACUGGAUAGAAGAGGUCCCCGAGGAACUCAAGAUGGCAAAUCAGUCCUUUUUUGAAUCUGUGCAGAGAAUGACAGGACAGCCUCGAUCCUUACAACACCUGUGUCGCUGUUCUCUCCGGUCUUACUUGGGAGGAAAGUGUCACUCAGCUAUAAACAACCUCACUAUCCCCAACUGUAUGAGAGACUACUUGUUACUAUACCUGGAAGGAGAGAUUCGAUAGGUUUAAUAAAACAGGCCCUCGCUACAAAUAGGAGAGUGAACAUGUGAUGAUGUAAAUGUGAUGAUGCACAUGCUACUUUAAAAUGUGAAUAUAAUUAAGAUUUUAUUUUGUAUAACAGAUUAAUAACACUAAGGAAAGUCACAGCCUAUUUAAAGAUGUUUGAUUGUUAAAUAACACAGUCAGUCCAUUCCACACUGUUCUCUAUUUAACAUCCUCAUGUAAUCCUAAUAUCAACAAGGUGCAAAUGACUUUGCCCAGUUGAUGCCUCUUUCAGGUGUAGGCUGUUUAGAUUUCUGCCAAUGGUGCACUAAUAUCUACAAUAAACUCGGUAAAAAAAUUGAGCUGUUACUCAA